AUGACUCAAUUAGAUCCAGAACCACAUAGAUUGGAUUUGAAUAGAAGGAUAUCAACUGAUAUACUGAAAAUACGAAAGUCAAUCAAGUCCCUUUCCAAAGAAGAUGUGGAUGAUUUAUUAAAUCAUAUACGGCUAUUGGUUGAUCAAUCUCCAGGAAUUGAAGACAAAGAUGUAAUAGAAUUAGUAGAUAUACUAAUGAAUACCAAUAAUGACAAAGGGUUACUAUCAUCGCAAAAACGAUAUGUUUUUGACUAUUUACUCAUCCCAAGCAAGACCUGUCUCUUACCAUCAAGUAUUAUCUACAAAGCUCUUGCUAAUCUAGGUGUUUCUAAGACAUCUUCGAAGAAACAGACACAACUCCCACAGAGCUUACAAUUACAACUAUUGCAGUGGAUAAUCAAAUUUAUAAAUAAUUUUGGAAAAGAUGUAUAUCAUGAAUUGAACAGAAUGUUACCGAUAAUAUUUAACUACCUAUCGUAUGAAUAUCUAAGACCAUAUAUUGCAAGCUUGAUUUGUAUGACUUUGAUAAAGUAUUCAAGCUCAACAAAGACAUAUUACAAUAAGACGAUAUAUCGAAAGUCUACUCCAAUAAAACGUUGGUAUAUUGAUACAGUGAUUGACUUAUACUAUAGGUUUCCAACUGACGAAUACAUAAAGGGACUAUUGUCAGUUUUUAAGCAAGUAGACAGAAGUCUUGAUUAUAGUGAUUACGACAGUAAUAUCUCCAGAGACAUAAACAAUUUGAGUAAUUCUUCGUUCGUCUAUUCAAUUGAAGCCAAUCCUGGUAUCACAGUUCAUUCCAACAAACGUCGUAAAAUAAAUGGAAGCGAUAUAGACAUUUAUUCUGGUGAUUUCCUAUCAAACAACCGAAUAGAGGAUAUUAAAUCGGUUGAUAAUUUGAUUGAGAAUUUGCAUAAUAUAAAGUACAUUGAUAUUGACACACAGAUUCUUGAAUCAGACAAUGCAUCUUAUGGAAGACUUUUUAUUUUGUUGCAUUCUCUAUUGGAUUCAGACUCCAUGCCGUUGAAAAAACUCGAUUAUUCGACCAGUUUAAAUCUCUCGAACAACAAUUCACCCAAAAUCGAAAUUCAGAAAGUCAUUGCUGGUAUUAGAGAAUUCAUAGAUUUUUGUCCAAGUUUAAUUUCACUUCCUGCUGUUAAACAAGUUAUUAUGAAAGGCUUAGGUAACAGCUAUACUAUUCCAACAGAGCUUUUGUCAUUUGUUAGUGUUGAUGGCAGUACGAGUGUCAAGGAAGAUAUUAUUGUACCACUAUUUGACUCAUGUCAAAUGAAAGAUGUCCUUGAGGUUACCUUUUAUGUUGUUCAACUUUUGAAAUAUACAAGUCGCAAAGUAAACAAAGAAUCAAAUGAUGUCCAAAGGCGAUUUUACACAAACUUCAAUAUUAGCAUUAUCUAUAUGAUAGAAUAUUUGCACGAGUUACCAUUGACUCUCACUAGUUUAUUCGCUGUUAAUUAUAUUAUACUGUGUAUAAAAGCUAUACCGAUGGAUAUAUUAAACGAAUUCUUCGAAGAUAGUUGUAUAAUAUUACCACCAAAAUUAGUAUAUCUGAUGAUACUAUACGGCGAUCCUUAUAUAUUUUCAGAAAUUUGCGGUUAUAUUGCUUUUACAAAAAAUUAUGAAUUCAAAAAUGAUCUGUAUAAACUAUUGCAGAACUGUUAUAUAAUGGAUCUAGUCAAUCUUGUUUGGAGAGAUAAAGCAUUUAGUUACGAUGUUUCGGCGACAUCACCGAAUAAGGCACUUUUAUUAAAUGCCAAAUUGAUUGAUGGUUUUAGCUCUUUACCAUUGUUUGCCUCAUUCAAUAUUAACUCCAUUGGAGGAAUUUAUUUUAACUCGGCAUGGUCUUAUAUAUCAGCCCAAAUUGUAUGGAAGUUUGAAGAUUCAGAUUCGAGAGUCACAACAAGACAUGAGGGCCCAGUUAGGCCAGAAAGUGUUGCCAACUUAGUCGAAGAUAAUGAUUUAAACUGGCUUCCUUUUGGAUAUGAUGAAUUAAAGCUAAAAACAUUAAAUGAAUUCGAUAACUUAGGAUUCACUGGGGUAUGUGAUUUACUCUUUAAUUCAUUAAAGACACUAAUGCAACACAGACAAAUUUCGCAACAAAAUUAA